AUCACGGCGCGCGGUCACGUGGAAAUGAUGUCAUCCGCUACUGUGUCGAAUCUUCGGUUCUGUAUCCAGGGCUGACAUUGCGGAUCUGACUGCAUACUGCCACAUUCAGGCCCAGUGGAGAUUCCAGGAUAAAAAGCUCUCACGCGGCGCUGACAGAAAAGUUCAAAGGUCGCUUCCCCAGAAAAUGGUGAUACAAAAACAAAAUUAUUUUUGUUUGUUUGUGCAAACUUAGUAUCAACGUAAUUGGGCUGACCCACGAAUAAAGGCCUCUUCAAACAAUGGAGGACACUGUUCCUCAGGUGGAGUCAGAGGCAGAAGUGCGGAUUAAUAUCCACUCGAGUGGUCAUACGGGCACCGUGCUCUCCAGUUUGGAGGAGCAGAGGAAAAAGAACUUCCUGUGUGACAUCACGCUCGUAGUUGAGAAUGUGGAGUAUCGGGCACACAAAGCUCUGCUCGCUGCUACCAGUGAAUACUUCUCCACGAUGUUUGCCGAUGAGGAGAAUAUCGGCCAGUCAAUAUACGUCAUAGAAGGAAUAGUGUGUGAGGUUUUUGAAACCUUGCUGCAGUUCAUUUACACUGGAAGUGUACACGUGAGUGAAAAAUGGCUCAAGCAAAUCGUGGGAACUGCACAGGUCUUGAAAGUAAACAAUCUGGUGAAAGCGUAUGCGGAAUAUCAGGAGAAUCUACACAGUCGAGAGGCCGACGCAUCUGAUAAUGGAGCAACAGAUGAAGCAGAUGAUCCUGUAUCAAAGCGUAAACGAGGAAGACCAAGGAAAAACAGUGAUCAGACCAACACACAGGCUGAGGAGAAGCAGAUGGACCAAGGAGAUGUCCCGGAAAGUAUUGAGGACACCUGUUAUUCCAAUGGAAACAUUUUACACGAGCAGGAGGUCGCCGAUUUUGCUGCGGAGGUGACGUGUGACUUAAAUCCCAAGCCUCCAGAAGAACAACCACAACCAGUACUAAAGAGACCUAGCAAGCGCAGACCACGGAGGUCCGUUAAGCUGCAAGAUUAUAGACUUGGUGAAGAACGUCAAUCAUCAAAGCGUGCGAUCGGCAAAAAAAAGCCCAGUCCUGAAGUUUGCAAGGACUGUGGAAAAGUGUUCAAGUUCAAGCACUUCUUAGUAAUGCACCGUAGAACUCAUACAGGGGAGCAGCCCUUCAAAUGUUCUCAAUGUGGAAAAGGUUUUUCCCAGAAACAUUCUCUGCGAGUCCAUGAGCGCAUCCACACCGGAGAGAGACCUUUUAGCUGUACUGUGUGCAGUAAAUCUCUUUCCACCAAGAAUUCGCUAAGGGAACAUAUGAAUUUACACACAGACAAGAAAGCAUAUACUUGUGACCGGUGUGGAAAAUUCUUCAGUCAAAAAAGACAACUGAAAAGUCAUUAUCGUGUACAUAUAGGAGGUGGGUUACCAGAGUGUAAAUUCUGCCAGCGAAAGUUCAUGGACUCUGCUCAAUUAAAAAAACAUCUAAGAUGUCAUACAGGUGAAAAGCCAUUUACUUGUGAAACCUGUGGAAAAUCAUUCACUGCUAAAAGCUCGUUACACACACACAUGAGAAUACAUCGGGGUGAAAAGCCAUAUGCUUGCAACAUUUGUGGGAAAUCGUUUGCGGAUUCCAGUGCCCAGAGAAGACACCACACUUUGCAUACUGGAAAGAAGCCAUUUUCCUGCCCAGACUGCAAUAUACAAUUUAGUCGGAUGGACAAUCUGAAGGCACACAUAAAAUCCCACGGCAAAGUGAAACAGCCAAAACCACCAGCCCCCAAGACUAGAACAAGUAUAAACGAGAGCGAAAAAAGCUUGGUGCAGAUGCAGCAAUAUCAGGUAGCGACACCUAAUGCACAAGAAAUACAGGUACUGGUGGCAGACAAUGUACAUAACCUAAACUUCAUGCCAGCUCAUAGCCAGGGUAUUAGUCUCGUCACUUCUGAAGCCUCUUCAACCACUGCCAACCAAGCUGCAAAUCUGACGCUGAUCACUCAUCAACCUCCUGUCUUGCAUGGAGUACAAGUGGCAUCUCACCAGCAGCAAUUGCAACCAAUUCACAACAUAGAAGUUAUGGAGGGCAGGGUACAGACUGUGCUCCCAGAGCAAAUGCAUGUUGUCACUCUGUCAAAAGAAGCAUUUGAACAACUACAGGGACGGACCCGUGAAAUUCACUUGACACAGGCAGAUCGCCAAACACGACUAACUCCGGUGCAAGCUCCUACCAUCUUGGAACAGAGUGUCCGGGUUCCUCAACAUGCACAACAAACUUUAACGGAUAGCCCAAUGACCCAGGCAGAUCGCCAAACGCGAUUAACUCCAGUGCAAGCUCCUACUAGCUUUGAACAGAGUGUCCAGGUCCCUCAGCACGCUCAACAAACUUUAACUGAAAGACCAGCUACACAGGCAGAUCGACAAACACGGCAAGCUCCUACUAUCUUGAACCAGAGUGUUCAGGUCCCUCAGCACGCUCAACAAACUUUAACUGAAAGACCAGCUACACAGGCAGAUCGACAAACACGACAAACUCCAGUGCAAGCUCCUACUAUCUUGAACCAGAGUGUCCAGAUCCCUCAGCACGCUCAACAAACUUUAACUGAAAGACCAGCUACACAGGCAGAUCGCCAAACGCGACUAACUCUGGUGCAAGCUUCUACUAUCUUGAACCAGAGUGUCCAGGUCCCUCAGCAUGCUCAACAAAUUUUAACUGAAAGACCAGCUACACAGGCAGAUCGCCAAACGCGACUAACUCCGAUGCAAUCUCCUCAAGCUCCUACUGUCUUGAACCAGAGUGUCCGGGCCCCUGAGCAUGCUCAGCAAACAUUAACUGUUAGCUCAGGAACACAGUCUGUACCUAUUCAUGUGACACAGGCAGAUCGCCAAACGCGACUAACUGCAGUGCAAGCACCCCAAGCUCCUACUUUCUUGAACCAGAGUGUCCGGUUCCCUGAGCAUGCUCAUCAGACUUUUACUCUUAGCCCAGGAACACAGCCUGUACUUAUUCAUGUGACGCAGGCAGAUCGCCAAACGCGACUAAGUCCGAUGCAAUCUACCCAUGCUACUACGGUCUUCAACCAGAGUGUCCACGUCCCUGAGCAUGCUCAGCAAACAUCAACUGUUAGCCCAGAAACACAGUCUGCAUCUAUUCAUGUGACACAGGCAGAUCGCCAAACGCGACUAACUGCAGUGCAAGCACCCCAAGCUCCUACUGUCUUGAACCAGAGUGUCCGGGUCCCUGAGCAUGCUCAGCAAACUUUUACUUUUAGCCCAGGAACACAUCCUGUACCUAUUCAUGUGACACAGGCAGAUGGCCAAACGCGACUAACUCAGUUGCAAGUACCCCAAGCUCCUACUGUCUUGAACCAGAGUGUCCGGGUCCCUGAGCAUGCUCAGCAAACUUUUACUGUUAGCCCAGGAAAACAGCCUGUACUUAUUCACGUGACACCCGCAGAUCGCUUAACGCGACUAACUCCGAUGCAAGCUACUCAUGCUACUACAGUCUUCAACCAGAGUGUCCACGUCCCUGAGCAUGCUCAGCAAACAUUAACUGUUAGCCCAGAAACACAGUCUGUACCUAUUCAUGUGACACAGGCAGAUCGCCAAACGCGACUAACUGCAGUGCAAGCACCCCAAGCUCCUACUGUCUUGAACCAGAGUGUCCGGGCCCCUGAGCAUGCUCAGCAAACUUUUACUUUUAGCCCAGGAACACAUCCUGUACCUAUUCAUGUGACACAGGCAGAUGGCCAAACGCGACUAACUCAGUUGCAAGCACCCCAAGCUCCUACUGUCUUGAACCAGAGUGUCCGGGUCCCUGAGCAUGCUCAGCAAACUUUUACUUUUAGCCCAGGAACACAUCCUGUACCUAUUCAUGUGACACAGGCAGAUGGCCAAACGCGACUAACUCAGUUGCAAGCACCCCAGGCUCCUACUGUCUUAAACCAGAGUGUUCGGGUCCCUGAACAUGCUCAGCGAACCUUUAGCCCAGGAACACAGCCUGUACCUUUUCACUUGACACAGGCAGAUGGCCAAACGCGACUAACUCCAGUGCAAGUUCCUAAUAUCUUGACCCAGAGUGUUCGGGUCUCUGAACAUGCUCAGCAAACCUUUAGCCCAGGAACACAGACUGUACCUAUUCACUGGACACAGGCAGAUGGCCAAACAAGACUAACUCUGGUGCAAGCUUCCCGAGCUCCUACUGUCCUAAACCAGAGUAUCCGAGUCCCUGAGCACGCUCAUCAAACGUUAACUGUUAGCCCAGUAACACAAACUUUACAUGGUCAUCCGAUUCCAGAGCGUCGAAAUCCGGUGCAAGCUCCUGCUUUCUUGAACCAGAAUGUCUGGGUCCCGGAGUAUGCUCCGCAAACUUUGACUGUUAGCCCAGUAACACAGUCUGUACCUGGUCACCAGAUACCAGCACGACUAACUCUGGUGCAAGCUCCCACUAUCAUGAACCAGAAUGUCAGAGUCCCUGAGCAGGCUCGGCAAACUUUAACUGGUAGCCCAGUAACACAAACUGUACCUGGUCAUCCGAUUCCAGAGCGUCGAAAUCCGGUGCAAGCUCCUGCUUUCUUGAACCAGAAUGUCUGGGUCCCGGAGUAUGCUCAGCAAACUUUGACUGUUAGCCCAGUAACACAGUCUGUACCUGGUCACCAGAUACCAGCGCGACUAACUCAGGUGCAAGCUCCUACUAUCUUGAACCAGAGUGUUCGGGUUUCUGAGCACUCUCAGCAAACUUUGACUCUUAGCCCAGUAACACAGGCUAUACCCGGACACCUGUUUCCAACGCGACUAACUCUGGUGAAAGCUUCCCAAGCUCCUACUAUCUUGAACCAGAGUGUUCGGGUCUCUGAGCACGCUCAGCAAACUAUGACUCUUAGCUCAGUAACGCAGUCUGUACCUGGUCACCAGAUUCCAGCGCGACUAACUCUGGUCCAAGCUCCUACUAUUUUCAACCAGAGUGUUCGGUUCCCUGAGCACGCUCAACAAACUUUGACUGUUAGCCCAGCAACGCAACCUGUACCUGGUCACCAGAUUCCAGCGCGACUAACUCUGGUGAAAGCUUCCCAAGCUCCUACCAUCUUAAACCAGAGUGUUCGGGUCCCUGAGCACGCUCAGCAAACUUUGACUGUAACACAGACUGCACCUGGUCACCCGAUUCCAGCUCAGUCAUUCCAGAUACAAGCUGGUGCUACGUCCUUCAUCAGUACACCAUUGAACACAACAAAUUCAACCUCUGUAUAAUUGUUCUUUUGUAAAUACAUGUACAAAAAUAUUUUUUCUAAUGUGAUCAUUGAAAAGCUUUCUUCAGGGCCAAGCAAGUUCUAAACCUCUUUUUUUAGUUUGUAUCUCAGUUUAAGUAACUGUUUGAUUCUGCAUUUUUCCAUAGCUUAGAGAUGCGUAUGAGUUAUAUUUUAACUUAGCAUUUUAUGUGCCUUUCAUUGAAAGUAUAUGUAGAAUUUUUUUUUUUUCAUCUUGUUCUUGUGUUGUUUAGCAGGCGUGGACAUGGCUAUAUAUGCAGAAUUAUUUUGAAAGAAUUUUCUUUUCACAAAUAGUCUAAAUGAGAUGAAUACCAAGAGGUCCAGAGGCGCUUGAUCUGCGUAUUGUCUACUCUGUAAAGAUAGAAAACCACCCAAAAAGAAUA